CAGGGAGGCGGGAGGGAGGGACGCGCGUCAGGUUGCAAAUCCGGGAGGCGGGCGUCUUCCCUCCUUCCCCUCGCCUUUGACGUGAGAGAGAGGCGGCGGCGGUGGGGCUUGGCCGCGAAGAUGGCAGCGCUGGCGGAGCCUCUGGGGCUGGAGAGGGAUGUGGCCCGGGCGGUUGAGCUGCUGGAGCGGCUGCAGCGGAGCGGAGAGGUGCCUCCCCAGAAGCUGCAAGCCCUUCAAAGGGUACUACAGAGCAAAUUCUGCUCCGCCAUAAGGGAGGUCUAUGAGCAGCUGUACGACACACUGGAUAUCUCAGGGAGUCCAGAAAUUCGAGCACAUGCCACAGCUAAGGCGACCGUGGCUGCUUUUGCAGCAAGUGAGGGACACGCGCACCCUCGGGUGGUAGAGCUGCCCAAGACGGACGAAGGCCUGGGCUUCAACAUUAUGGGGGGCAAGGAACAAAACUCUCCCAUUUACAUUUCCCGCAUCAUUCCUGGAGGCGUAGCUGACCGUCAUGGUGGACUCAAGCGUGGAGACCAGUUGCUGUCCGUCAAUGGCGUGAGUGUGGAGGGAGAGCAACACGAACGGGCAGUGGAGCUGCUGAAAGCCGCACAGGGGACCGUGAAACUGGUGGUGCGCUAUACACCCAAAGUACUGGAAGAGAUGGAAGCACGCUUUGAGAAGAUGCGGACAGCUCGACGCCGGCAGCAGCACAACAGCUACUCAUCCCUGGAGUCAAGAGGAUAAUUUGCAUCAUCAUUAUCUGGUUAUUUGGGCCGUGGCCUGUGACUCUUCCUGCCCCAACCUUCCCUAUCUUCCCGAGAUGGUUUUAUCUGUAUAGCAGGAGACAUAUUUAUCUAAGUUCCCCUUCCUUUGGGAGAUGGGCUUCUAUGUACAGUAUUUAUUGUCCACAUUACUCUUAUUUAAAGAUGUUCUCUGUGCGUGA